AGCGUGGCCCCCCGGAGCCCAGGCAGCCCGGGGGAUUGUCGUGCUCGUUCCUGGUUGCAGACUCUUGCAAGCCGGAUGCCCUCUGUGGAUGAAAGAUGUAUUAUGGAAUGAACCCGAGCCAUGGAGAUGGAUUUCUAGAGCAGCAGCAGCAGCAGCAGCAGCCUCAGUCCCCCCAGAGACUCUUGGCCGUGAUCCUGUGGUUUCAGCUGGCCCUGUGCUUCGGCCCUGCGCAGCUCACGGGCGGGUUCGAUGACCUUCAGGCGUGUGCCGACCCGGGCGUCCCCAAGAAUGGCUUCAGGACGCCCAGUGGAGGGGUUUUCUUUGAAAGCUCUGUCACCCGAUUUCAUUGCCAGGACGGAUUCAAGCUGAAGGGCUCUACGAAGAGACUGUGCAUGAAGCAUUUCAAUGGAACCCUGGGCUGGAUCCCAAGUGAUGGCCCCAUCUGUGUGCAAGAAGAUUGCCGUAUCCCUCUCAUCGAAGAUGCCGAGAUUCACAACAAGACCUACAGACACGGAGACAAGCUGAUCGUCACCUGUCACGAAGGCUACAAGAUCCGGUACCCCGACCUGUACAACCUGGUGUCGCUGUGUCGCGAUGACGGGACGUGGGACAACCUGCCCAUCUGUCAAGGCUGCCUGAGACCAAUGGCCUUUUCCAAUGGCUACGUGAACAUGUCCGAGUUCCAGACCUCCUUCCCGGUGGGGACGGUCAUCUCCUAUCACUGCUUUCCUGGGUUUAAACUCGAGGGCUCGAAGUACCUCGAGUGCUUACACAACCUUAUCUGGUCGUCCAGCCCACCCCGGUGCCUUGCUCUGGAAGUUUGUCCGCUACCUCCGAUGGUGAGUCACGGCGAUUUCGUCUGCCACCCGCGGCCUUGUGAUCGCUACAACCACGGGACCGUCGUGGAGUUCUACUGCGACCCAGGCUACAGCCUCACCAGUGACUACAAGUACAUCACCUGCCAGUAUGGGGAGUGGUUUCCCUCCUACCAAGUCUACUGCAUCAAGUCAGAGCAAACGUGGCCCAACACCCACGAGACCCUCCUGACCACGUGGAAGAUCGUGGCGUUCACGGCGACCAGCGUGCUGCUGGUGCUGCUGCUCGUGAUCCUGGCCCGCAUGUUCCAGACCAAGUUCAAGGCCCACUUUCCCCCCAGGGGGCCUCCCAGGAGCUCCAGCAGCGACCCUGACUUCGUGGUGGUGGACGGCGUGCCCGUCAUGCUCCCGUCCUACGACGAGGCUGUGAGCGGCGGCUUGAGUGCCUUAGGCCCUGGGUACCUGGCCUCCGUGGGCCAGGGCUGCCCCUUACCCGUGGAUGACCAGAGCCCCCCGGCAUACCCUGGCUCGGGGGACACAGACACAGGCCCCGGGGAGUCAGAAGCCUGUGACAGCGUCUCGGGCUCUUCCGAGCUGCUCCCGAGUCUAUAUUCAUCUCCCACGUGCCAAGGGGGCGCCCACCCCGCUUCCGACAACCCCGACACAGGUGCCAGCAUGGCAGGGGAGGUGGCAUCCACCAGCCCAGGCAUCGACAUUGCCGAUGAGAUCCCUCUAAUGGCAGAAGAUCCAUAGCCAGGCCAAGUCCCAGUGCUUCUACUGCCCCUUUGGGAACAGAACCUUGUACCUUGGAGUGAGGCACAGAAGGACAGAGUACGGGGCAUGGGGUCGUGUUCUAAUUUGUCUACACAGAGACAGUGACUCACAUCCUACAUCGCAGACUCAACAGAGGGUGACAGACACUGACACACUUCGGUGGGACCUGAGGACUUGCCAAGACCAAUGGGAAAUAAAGGGAAGAGGGGAAACCCCCAUGUGGAUGAAGGUGUCAAGUGUGUUUCAUGCUGGGGACACGAGACAGUUCCACGCACGUGCCACUGAACCCAGGGUCCCAUUGAAUUAUGUCAUGAGUACUACCUGCGUCCUCUGAAAGCAUGUCACAUUAUGUAAAUUUGCUUCCAAAAUCUGCUUCACACGGUCUCUGGAUUCCAAGUCAGGCUGGAUCGGCCUCCACGGGAAGCCUGGGUUGAGCUGCAGGAAGAGCAGCAGAGCGCCCCCUGGAGGCCCCCAAAGGGAAGGUUCUCUUAGGACUUUGGGACAAUCUUCCUCCGUCUGGACGCUUCUACUCCGAGCAAGACUAAAGUGGGAUGUGGCAGUCCCAGCAAGAAGGGAAAGACUCAGGCAGACUCUGCUUUCUGGAAGUUUCUUCACAAAGUAGAGUUCAUGUACUCCGUGCUGUCCUUUGGUGAAAUAGCGUCAGUAUUUGUGCUCACGGUCUAGUCCUUGGAUCCAUGGCAUUGGACAAAUCUUGUGACUUGACAAAUGGUCAGAAUGUGUUCAAAUACAUCUCAUGGUGGAGACAGUAACCAAGGUAACGUCCUUUUUCGGCAUUUUGAAAAGAUUCCACUUGACAAUGUAUCUCUCUAGUCAACUGUUAUGACUGUGGCCCUCACUCCCAAACUCAGCCAUAUUUUAUUUUCCGAAACAGAAAUUGUUUCUGUAAACACAUUCCUCCUCCAAAUAAAGUAUGAGGUUGGAUUUAAUUUCUUUCCCCCCUCUUAUUUUGUCUUAUAAAAUAAAGCCUGCAGGCCCGCCUCCCAGCCUGAAGACAGCUCUGCCCUCCCACUGCUGGGCCUCUGGCUGCCUCGCCCUCCUGCGCUCCUACAGCGAGGGCUCUGGGGCCCGCUGGGUGUUGUUCCUAAGAAAAUGACUGAUAAAAAAAAUUCCCCGAGUCCUGAGAUGUCUCAUCAAUACUUAUGUUGAUAUGUGGACUUGCUUCCUCUCUUCCUCUGGGUUUUAGAUAAAUAUAAACAAAACUCUGACCCAUAAAAUUGCUAUGUCGAUGGAGCCGUGGGAGCUGGGAGCCUGAUCAAUACUGUUUUUUCCUGACACGGACUGAUUAAAAAUUAAAAAGAAAA